CCUCGAUCCCUAUCCCAUACUCCAAGAAGAGAAAAGAUACCUACCUCGCACACCGGCUAAAGAAAACCUCGUGCUCCUGCUGCUACUACUGCGUGUAUUUAGAGAGAGAGAGCUGCAGCGUUGGAAAGCUAUGGGAAACGGAGCAUCGUGCGUGCCGCGGAUCAGGAGGGCGGAGGCGGGGACGGCAAAGGUCGUGGGCCCCGACGGCGUCCUGCGCCGAAUCGAGGCCCCCGCAGGCGCUGCGGAGAUCAUGAUGGAGUACCCCGGCCACGUGGUGGCGCGCGCCGAGGAGGUGGCGAGGACCCGGCGCGUCGCCGGGAUGCGGGCCGACGAGGAGCUGGUGGCCGGGGGCGCGUACCUGCUGCUGCCGAUGGACCGGGUCGGGUGCCGGCUCUCCGAUGGUCAGAUAGAGGUCCUGCUCGACGUCGUCCGCGGCCGGCGGCAGCGGAAGGGGAGGAAGGAGGGGAGUUGCGGGGGCGGAGGGCGGGUGUUCCCGGAGGUAGCCGGUGGAGAGGAGGGGAAAACGGCCGUCUUGGGAGGGGAGGUGACCGGUUUUUCCGGUAAACGGGUUGGUGGAUGCCGGCAGUGGAGACCGGCACUCGACACCAUCCACGAAUCCAAGUCCAACUAAAUCUAGUUUAGAUUCUUUAUUUUUAUUUUUCUUUUAGGAUUAUUAAUUCUCUUUUUUUUCCUUAUGUUGUUUUGUCACGUGAAAAGCACGUGCAACCCUGGCAAGUACAAACAUGGAGUUUUACUUCUAUUUCCUCC